CGUCAUGCGGAAGCGUCUCGCGGAGCUGAUUAUCGACACAAAACCAGUUUAGCUUCUGACAUCAUUUACAGGGAAAACUAAAUUAUAUUUUCCCUUUUUUUUUAGAUAAAAUACAGCUGGUCUACAAUCAGUUUAAAAUGUCAUCGGAAGAAUUUGAAAAGUUGCACGAAAUGUACAAAUCGCUGUAUGAUGAGCUCAAGCUAAUACCAGAGAAAGGUCUGCAGUGUUACGGAGAGGACAGAAAGAAGCUGGUGAGAGUCUUUGAUGAAAGGCAGGGGGAGGCUGAAGAAGUGUUAAAAGGAAUGGAAGAGGAGCUACGUGUUGCCCCUGCCUCCUUCCGCAAUGCAAUGAGUACGAAGCUGCGCCUAUAUCGCCGUGAUCUGGGCAAGCUGCAGAGGGACAUGAAAAAUUCUCCUCCCAGCUUUGGGCUCUCACCCCAGCCAGGAGAACGAAGACAACCAGGCAUCUCUUCCGCAGAAAAUCAACAACGUACGCACUUGCAGUCCCAACGAGCUCUGUUACUUCAGGGUACCGAGUCUCUGAACAGUGCCAGUCAGAGCAUCGAGCGAAGCCAGCGCAUCGCCGCUGAAACAGAGCAGAUCGGCACUGACAUUAUAGAGGAACUGGGAGAGCAGCGAGAACAGCUGGAUCGCUCCAGAAAUAGACUGGUUAAUACGGGAGAAAAUCUCAGUCGAAGUCGAAAAAUCCUUCGUGCCAUGUCACGGCGGCUGAUGACGAACAAGUUGUUAUUGGCUAUUAUUAUUUUAAUGGAGUUGGCCAUUCUGGGUGGUGUUGUUUACAUCAAGUUCUUCAGAAAAUGAACAAAACAGACCAUCUGAAAGCAUCUACAGUCUGGAAAGUCUCUGCUGACUGGCCAAUAGCAAUAAUGCUGUACUGUUGUUUUCAGCUCAUUUUUUUUACGAGUGCAAACAAGGACAAUGAGAUGGUUCAGUCUGAGAGUGGAGGACUUUAUUCCAUGGAAACUCCUUGAGGAAUCUGUAAUUUGCACUGUGUUAUCAGACUGUUAGUAGCAAGGAAACUGCACUGGGGGAUUUUCUUGGACUGGUACAGACCCCCAAGCGGCUCCCCCUACCCCUUCUGUAAAGUUUAUUGAAGUCUGAGUAUGAUCCACCCACUCCCAAAAGGGUGGAUACUCCUGUGUCUGCCCUUUUCAAACAUUAGUCAUACUACAAUGACUCAGAAGGUUUUUGGGGAGGAUUGAACAUGUUCAGAUUGAGAAACUUUAUUAUUAAUAUAGAACGCAAUAGUUUUGUGCUAUUAUCAUUGUAAUAAAACCUAUUGUACAUGAAAUGUCA